AGGCGGUCGGCUUCGGCCUCGGUCUAGUACUGGGGGGCAUGUUGGGCUUCUACGCGACCGCCCUUCUUACUGGUGCCGUCCUGGCUGUCGCUCUUUGGGCUUUACCCCCGACCACCGACACCUCCUCAGGAAGACCCUGCUCAUCAGCACCAGCCUUGCUGCUCUUAUCUUACGAACGCGCCGUAGCAACAAGCAUCACUGAUGGCACUCAUACCUUCGCCUCCCCACUCAACAUAUUGUUGCUCUACAUCGCCACUCUGCUCAUCCCAGCUUUUUAUCUACUGAAUGCACCGCCAAACCCGCUUCUGUCGUCCGGCCUUGAUUUCCAACACGCUCUGGACCAACCUUCCCAUUACGAGCAUCUGCAUCACUGUCUUCCUUUGGGGCACCUUGAACGCCAGCGGACAACUCACGGCAUUAUGCCUCCAUGACGUCCGCGAUGUCUCCGCCCUGACCUCCUCGCUGUACUUCCUCCCCGCCCCGAUCUGCAGAUUGCUGAUGAACAUCGCCAUCGGCGCGUUAUUACCGCACCUGCGCCCCUCUAUCGCCGUUCACGCCGGCUGUCUCGUCAGCGGAAUUGCGCCCCUGCUCCUCGCAAAGCUAUGCCGCAUCGACGGACCAGGCUACAGGACUGGCGUCUUCCAGGCGAUGGCGCUGAACCCGCUGGGAGCGGAUCUCAUGUACACGAUCACCAGCCUAGUGAUGACGGGGGCGGUUCCGGCCAAGACGCAGACCCUCGCCGAUGGGGUGCUCAACAUGCUGUCGCAGGUGGGGAAGAGCGUGAGGAUCGCGACGUCAGCAGUGCUCGCGAGGCAGGUCCCUGGGCAGGCUGGUGUGGGGCUCGAGGCAUUCAUGCUGGGAUAUCGCGCCGGGUGGUUAUAUAAUUGCUCGUUGGGCUUUGUGUCCGUUUUGGUCAGUUGGUGGGGUUUGAAAAGUGUUCAUAAGGUGGGGAUCAAGAAGGAUUAGAUUUGCGUAUGGUUCGUAGAUGGUUUGCAUCUCUCUCUCUGCUUCGUUAGCAUAGUGCUUGGUACUUGAUCACGUGUCAUGUACAUGAGCUUAUCACCUGCUAGAUCGGAUAGAACACUAUGUGAUUGUGUGUCGCGAUAGCAAGCGUCUAGACCUACAAGGGAGAUGUGGCCUUCCUCUCGGCCGAAAACCAUGACUGUCCAUCAUCGCGCAGAAAGAAGACCAGAAUUUCG